AUGAGUCUGGGCAUCAUGGAAGAGGAAGACCUGGCCGAGUACUUCCGGCUGCAGUAUGGGGAGCGGCUGCUGCAACUGCUGCAGAAGUUCCCCCAUGGUGAGGAGCAGUCGGAGUCCCCAUCCAUCCGGCUGCUGGAGAAGAAAAAGGAGGCCAAGAUCAUGCAUCAUGCUAUGGAGCAGAAGAAGGAGACAUUUCAGCGUAAAAUGGAAACCCUGAACCUGCGCUGGGAAGAACUGGGCAUCAAGGAAGCCCAGCUGAAGGCCCACAUCCAGAAGUUUGAGCAAUUCAUCCAGGAGAAUGACCAGAAACGGAUCCGCGCCCUGAAGAAAGCCAACAAGGAGCGAGAACUCAAGAGGCAGCGCAUGCGGGAGCUGGCCAAGGCCAAGCAGGACAUGGCGACCCUGCGACUGGAGCACCAGCGGCUGAGCGCCAAGCUGCACGACUACUCCAUCUUCAACAAGUACCUGGAGAAGGUGGUGGAGAACUCCGAGUUCGAGGAGAUCCACGAGGUGAUUGCACGCUACAAGACGCUGGUGAGCAUGCACCACGACCUCAUGCAGUCUGCACAAGAGGGCCAGGAGAAGAUCGAGCGUGCCAAGGCACGGCUGGCACGCUACAUGGAAGAGAAGGACGAUGAGAUCCUGCAGCACAACAACGAGCUGGCGCGGCUGCAGAUGCGCUUCGACCGUGCCCGCAGUGAUGUCAUCAUCUGGGAAUCUCGCUGGGCGCACAUCCAGAACACUGCCGCCAAGAAGACCCUCCUGCUUGGCACCAUUAAGAUGGCAACGCUGAACCUCUUCCAGAUUGUGAGCAAGCAGUUAAAGGAGGUGGCCAACGUGUCACUGGAGGACACGCACAAACAGCUGGACACGAUCCAGCAGUUUAUUCAAGACCUGUCAGACAUCUGGGCAGAGGUGAAGAAGAAGGAACAACAGCAAAUCCGAGUUUAA